AGGUGAAACAAUCCAGUGGAGGUGAUAACGUGCGCAUCCCAAAUAAAUCUUUUCGCCUGUCAGUUAUGGACUGAGUCUCUCGCCAUAAGAGGCGACUAACCUUACUCUCUCUCAAGAUGGCGCGAUUGACCUAGUUUCCUCCUUCUUGAUGUGGGUCUGGCUUGCAUUCCUAAACUGGACCUUUGAGUUGGGCCUCAUCUGUGAUUCUGGGCCUCGGCUGUAAUUUUGGGCCUGAUUUGGGUUGGGCCCAUCAUUUGCCCCCUAUGCCCCGAGCCUAAUGGAAUUUGGAAGAGAGGGCAUUAGCAAAGAUAAAAUUUGUCUCCUAUUUUUUUACCCUUUUUUCCAAGUACUAACUACUUCCUUGCGGAUAUUGCUUUGAGAUUUGAAUUCAUGGAGAGAAUAAAGAGAGGUGCAUUGUCGAGUGGAUUAGGAUUCAAGGAUCGGGCCUUAGGUAAGGCGGCACCAAGAGGCGUUGAGGCAGGCGAGGGCACCCAAAGCGCCAUGGUAGGCGUGGGCGUCAAGGCAGCAGGCGAGGGCGCCAACAAGGGCAUCAGGGGUGCCGUGGUAGCAAGCGAAGGCCCCAGUCGAGGCGCCAACGAGGGCGCCAUGGCAAGUGCAGGUGCGGGCACUGUGGCAGGCACAUGGGCAAUCACAGGUGCGAGAGCAAGCACGAGAGCCUGGGAGCAGGUUGCAAGUGCCACCACAUAG